GAUGUUUUGAUUUUGUAGCACUGGUUUUGAUCAGGGAGUCGUAGGGCUUUUACGACUCCCUGGUUUUGAUGCAUCUGCAAGAUGUCGGCCAGGGCCGAAGAUCAGAGAUCUGCUGUCGAUGUUUUGAGUAGUCUACUGUUGAACAAGACUGACGCUGCCUAAACUCUAAAGUUAGUUCAUCGAUCCUGCUGCCUGGCUUUGCCGUUACCUCGUUCUAAGGCAGCGCUAGAGCUCGCUACAUUGCCCACCCCACUGCGCUGGGGCGCACCGUGCCGUGCAGUGAUGGACGAUUUCUAAUCCAGCCUGGCGCAGCGUCGCUGUGACUGAGGAUGGCCAUGGAGUGAUUGCGUUGAUGUGGGCUGCGAAGUAGUCCUGUGAUCCACCUAUAUCUUGAAGACUAGUAGUACAUGUAUAGUUGAAAUAAUUGGCACGAACGUGUUGCACCCAGCGAAGUAUUAGGUUGGCCUGAAUCUGAAACCCGCGAAUAUAUUUGCACACUCCAUACUCCAUGAACCAUGGAGAUGCCAAUGGAUAUCGGCUCAGCUGCUGCAGAGCAACAUGCAGGUGGAAUCGUUGGCACACGGGCUGCUCUGCCCGUGAUCCGUGUGAAGUUUGAAAACCCUUUCUUGAACGAGCGCAGGGCGGUGCUCAUGAAGAAGCCACUGACACUGGAUGGCAUACGGCAAACAGUGGCUGUAACAUUUGGUCAAGACUUACCCCUGUAUUACUUGACAUCAUACCGGACAAUGCUGUUCAUACAAGUGCAGGCUGACCUAGAGAGAGCAUUGAUGGACUUAAAUCAAGGCCAGCCACUAGCGUGCCUACGCCUUCAAGUGAGCAAUGAACCAUCGCCGGGUGCUGUUGAUACGCAAUGUUUUACAUCAUCGGGAAGCCACCACUCACUCUCACCGCUUAGCGACAACGUUGAUCCUCUUGCGGCUCAUAGUCCACACUUGAUGUCUAGUCAAGUUGUACGCAGCAGUGGUGGCGUAGCAGCCAUGCAUCAAGACAGUGGUGGCAAUGCCAUUGGUAGUGCUGGUGGCAUGCUAGCAGGUGAAUACUCCACUAGAGGUCGCGCCUCCAGCACUGCAGCCAACAGCAAUGAUGCCGCCAUGACAUCUCGACAGUGGGCUCCACCCAGGAGUGUUGUACCGCUACAAUCACCAACAAUGGUGCGGCGAGACAGUAUGCCGUCCUCUACCCCGGCCUCGGCAGCAAUGCAUUCAGCACUGUUGAGACGAGAUAGCGAAAGGUCCAAUCCUACUGCUUCUACCUUGCUAAGCCCUCGCGCUGACCCUGCCUCAAAUAAUGAACCGGCUCAUUGGGUUGGUCAGCAGCCAUCGGCGAGCGCAGGGUCUGCUUCCGCUUCUUCGAGUGUUAUCGCAUCCAGUUCGGUCGACGCCCCUAAGAACUGGAAGAUUGGUCGCAAGCUUGGUGUUGGUGGAUUUGGUGCUGUGUAUCUGUGCCAUGAUGUGGAUAGUGGAAAACAAUGCGCCCUCAAGCAGGUUGUCUUUGAGGAGACUGGUGUUGAGAUGCAGAAAGAAGUGAAGGCAUUAGAGGCAGAGAUCAAGUUUCUAGAGUCCAUUAAGCACGGGCGCAUUGUCGCUUACGUCGGUGUGCACCGAACGGACACAACCCUGUCAGUACUAAUGGAGUAUAUGCCAGGCGGGUCUAUUCACUCGCAUGUGCGCGAGAACGGCGCCCUGACCGAAAUGCUGACGCGCAAGUACACCUCCCAGAUUCUAGAGGGCCUCGCGUACCUGCACAGUCGCAGCAUUAUUCAUCGCGACGUCAAGGGCGCCAACAUACUGCGUGACUCCAGCGGCAAUGUGAAACUAGCAGACUUUGGAGCAUCAAAGCAGCUGCGUACCAUACGCAGUAUGAUGGUGAACAAGUCUAUACAGGGCACGCCAUACUGGAUGAGCCCGGAGAUGAUUCGAGGAAAGGGUUAUGACGAGAAAGCAGAUAUCUGGAGUUUGGGAUGCACUAUGAUUGAAAUGCUCACUACUAAGCCACCCUGGUUCGACCUGGAGCCAAUGACCGCACUGUUUACCAUCGCCAAAACCGGCUCGAGUGGCCCAGAGAUGCCGUCACACAUUGGCCCGCUCUGCCGGCACUUUCUCUCUCAGCUGUUUGUAUUCGACUACACCCAACGGCCUUCAGCCCAGUCCAUGCUAGAGCACCAAUACUUUCAAGAUCCUUAGUGAAAUGCCUCAGAUGCUGAGAGGAAACCUAGCUACUUACCCACAAGCCUGCUAUUUCAUCUUGUAAUGUGUGCAGUGCUUUUAUUAGCUGACCACUGUUGAACUUUUUCAACCGUUAUAUUUUAACCGGUCAUGAGUGAGACAAGUAUUUUAUCUUUAUUCGCUCGCAGGGCAAAGGAGCAAAGCGGCAAGCAGUCCCGGAGUCUUCUAGACCGGCUUGACAUCUUGAGAUAGGGCACCCAAGCACCCGGCACUUCUUGAAUCACAUUGAACUACACAGCCGCAACCUCACAGCUUCAGGGACAUUAUUUUAUCCGUGACAUCAAGCACCAAGCACGACUCAUGCCAGUAUUUUGAAAGAAGUAUUUUUGUUCACUGUCAGCCUUGCCAGUUGAGAUAUCGCAGCAUUUGCCGAGCAGUUUCAACACUGAAUCGGCAAAGACUGACUUAUCUAUA